AAAAGAACGGCAAGUAAACAUAUGGGGCCGUCCAGUGAGCUGAUGCAACUUGUUCUAACAUUAUUCAGGACUGGUUCAGCACACAGGCGUCAUGGCUCCGCCUGGCAAUCCCAGACACAAGAGAACUGGCAAGGCCGCCAAGAAUCGGAGCUCUCAGACAGAGAACCAACCGGAUUCUGAGCUGCAGUGUUCUCCCGAUGGACCACCUGUAGAGAGGCCAGUGUCAGCAGCCUGUUUGCUGAAGACUUCUGCAGAAAAGUGUCCUGAUAGACCCCUUAAGGUAGCCAAUUCCCAGCAAGGAUCUCCAGUUACAGGGGGCAAAGGCAAGGAAUCUCCCAAGAAUUCAGCACCUCAGAGGAAGGGCUUGAAUCCUGAGGGCAAGCCAGCUAAGAGAACCCAGUCUAAAGGAUCCAGACCAGGCACACCAGGGCGAGCAAAAGGGCAACCUUCUUCCUCGCCAACCAUCAAUGCACAGGUCCCCCAAUCCUCACCAUUGGCAGCAUCAGUAGUUGCAGAUGCAACUGCUUCAACAAAGCAGGUAUUAGAGAAAAGUGCUGAGAGAACAGAGCCAAGACAAGCUAAUUUUUCUACCACUUGUCCAUCAAGUAGUGAGAAUAAACAGGGAAAGAUGUCUGACCAAAAGCUUGCUAGUCUUUGCCAGUUGCUGGAAAAUAUAGUCUUGCAACAUGGAGGUAAAGAGAUGUCUUCUGGUGGAACCAAGCCUGUUAGUGUCCCUCAGCAAAAUCAGAAUACAGCUACUAAGGUAUCUCCAGUCGCAAAACCUGCUUCUGAAACAUCAUCAUCAAAAGGUAAAGGUACUGAAGAGCACCCUGGUGCAGAGAAGUCAAGAGAAGAAAUAGAAAUGGAGAGGAAAGCCAGGAAGGAGGCAAAGAAAGCAGGAAAAAAGAAAGGAGGUGAUCAGAGCAAAGCCAAGGAAGGUGGUACAGAUGAGAGCACAAAGGAAAACAAAAAGCCACCUCCUCAAAACCAGAAGGAAGCUAAGGCUCAGAGCAAGCCAGCAGAGGAGAAAGCAGCACCUCCGCAGCAGUGUAAGCAGGGGCAGGAGCCGCAGCAGAAAGAAGGGGUUGAAGAUGGCAGUGGCAAGUCAAAAGCAGACCUGAAGCGGGAAAGACGUGAGAAGCAGGAAGCCCAGAGGCAGGCUAAAGCAUUAGCAAAAGCACAGCAGGAAGCAGAGAAGCAGAAAAAGAGCCAGCCUCAGUCUCAAAAGAUCAUACGUGAGGAAGCUAAAAAAGCACCACAAACCAAAAAGUUUGCUGAUGGGAGGCGCUUUAGGGACAAGAAGAGUGUGGAGAAGGACAGCUCGCGGAGAAUCCCACUGCUAGGCCACCUCACCCCUUACACGUCGCAUCCACCAUCACUACCUGUCAACAGUGAUUCCAUCCACCCUGCUAUAAGGACUCUCGGUCAAAAGAUGAAGGACCGUGUUGUGGAUGGGUCAACUGCACGGGUAAUUGCAACAUUAGCUGCUCUGAAGAGAUUCAUCAAUGACUAUAGAACACCUGAGUCUUGUGACCUCUCCAGAGAUCUUGCAGAGAAGAUAGUGCCUAAUGUGGCACACCUCCAUGCAUGUCGUCCUCUGGCAAUUGCAAUGGACAAUGCCGUCAGGUGUGUGCUUAUUGGUU